UUCGAAAAACAUCCCCGAUUUUUUUUAGAAAUUUUAACGUAAAAUGGCACUAGCCAUUCGAACCUACCAAAAAAAACUUUAUUUUGAAUCAAAAAGUAUGUGCAAAAUCAGAAUUCCGCGCGGCGAAAACCAUCCGCAGUAGCACAUAUUUGCAAUCGAGCCUCUCUCAUUUCUUUUCCCAAUUUCUAGAGCGAGAAACGAUUCGCUCCGUACAUUAUUCUCUCUCUCUCUAGGGCUUCAAGUCUGCUCAUCACAAAAUCAAAGCUGCUUGUUAGAUUUAGGCGCCCUUCGUCUUCCGAAUCUCACAAUCUUCUCCGGCAAAUAAUCUGCAAGCAUAUUCUUUCAGACCGGCCCAUGUGUACAAGCUUCUUGAAACACAAUGGGUCACUCAAUUGGAAGUGGUAGGAUGGCAUCUGUAGCAAGGCUUUUGAUGCCCGAAAGUAUUUUACAGUCAGUUACAGAAAAUGUAGAGAACAACAAAUUGGCUGCUCAAUAUGCACACAGAGAAUUGUGCGAGGCAGACGAAGCAAAUUUGCUUGAUGAAGAUGAUAUGAUUAUAUUUGGUUUGAAUCCUACCACAGAUCCUUUGAAUUUGGUAUGCUGCAAUGCUUGUAAGAAACCGGUGAGGGCCAAUCAAUUUGCAGCUCAUGCAGAGCUCUGUAGAACAUUCAGUUCUGUCGAAGAAAUUGUGCCGGUGCCGAAGCCUAAUAAUGGUACCAGACGCAAAAGACCUCCAAAGGAGAGAAAGAAGUCAUUAAAAGGGUCUACUGUCCAACCAACUUUGACUCGAGAAAGGGAAGCUUCAGAAACUAUAGGUAGCCUUGGAACUGCUCCUUUGAGCUCCCAUUUAAACGAGCAAAUGCGAUUGACGUCUUCCUCCCCCAAUGAAGCUAAAGGGAAUGCCCCCUUUGUAGAUGGGCUAUCUAUGAUGGAUAGUUCAGGAAUUAAUGCCUCAUUUAUGGAUAGAGCGGCUGGUGCAGAGGAACCUCCCAAAAAACGAUCCAAGCUGUUAGCUGCUGACAGUCAACUAAUAUCGGAUCAUUUAGGAACUGCGAAAGGUGUAACAAAAAAAUUGUUUUUAAAUACUCAGGAGGCGUUUACCUGCGACAAUCGGAACGGAUCAAAAAUAGGAAGUGGAAAGGCAUCUGAACAUGCUGACAAUCAAAUUCCUAGGCAAGUCUAUAAUAGCCACAGCCCGACCAUAGGUGUUCCAGCUCCUUUGGCUACCAAAAUGUAUUACUGUCAGAGAAAUCAGCGUAUCCGUUCUUCCAUCAGUGAUCUAUACAAGGCAUCUACGGAUGAAUGUUGGAGUGACUUCGGUUGAUGCAGAAGGAAUGCUGUAAUUAUAUGUAGUGAAACAACACUACAAUAAUUAAAACUUUGCCAUCCUCAAAUUCAGUUAGGUCAUCUGAGAUUGGAUGAGGCCUUUAUUGGAAGUUCAGUGACUGUAGUUCUGGAUAAUCUGUUCUAAUUUGGCUGGUCAAGUCGACCAAUCUCCUUUUUCCUUUUACAGAUUCCUGCAAUCUGGAAAAACAAUAAGCAUUGCACAUUCUACCUAUCGUCAUGCUUAUACAAACAUUUGGCCAUAUAAACUGGAUCAGUGCCUCAGCAGAAUGUGUUGCAAUAAUUUAGGCAAAUUAUCUAUUAGGUCCAUUGUUGCAUAUUUCUUUCUCAUCAGAGGCGUGUUGUCCUUACCUCGACCGGGGUCUCUAUCUCAUUCGCAGUGUGAUCAAGUGGGCAAUGCCCUCGCAGCCUCGCUUCGCUGACAAGAGGGAGAUCUUGUAGCACUUACGGAUUAGGCCCGGUCCCUUCCCAUACUGGAUUAGCUAUUCGUCGAACCGGAUUCAUGGGAAUUAACGUUUCGCGUACCCGAUCCCAAACUUUUAUCAAAUAGCAGAACAACCCGUGACCCACAUGUCGUGUAACACUGUGUUUAAACAUAUAUAGGACUCCGAGUACUCCAAUAUUAUUGGUGUGGCUCCAACAGAGACCGAGCCUGACAUCAGCCUAAGUCAUUGUGUAAUAUUGCUUGUGAAUGACAUCAACUUACAGCAGUGCAGGGUUUCAUUUUCCAUUAAGGUGCCAACUUUUGAAGUCUCAUGUAUGACAAUGCCGGACAAUUUAAGCAUUGCUUGCUAUUUGUACGGUGCUACACAGAAGAAUUGAAAAAUCCAACCUAGCUUGGCCGGAUGGCUCUUCCUUGGGUCUAAGAACUGCUAGCUACUUUAAUUGCUCAAACUUCGCAAUUCAAGGGGUGCAUGAAUUGUAAAUGUGACAUCACUAGUAGCUACCUUACAUGUUUUUCGCUCCUUUAUAUUUCCUUUCUAUUUCUAAUGUAUAAAUAGUAGUUGUAUGUCUAUCGAGAAAUCGUAAUUGAGCCAUCUAACUAUUUAAGAUACCUGUGUUGUAUACAGAAAGAUUAAAUGUUUUGGACCACCCUUUCAAGCCAGAUAGUGAUCACUUGGCGAUAAACGUUAAUUUAAAGCGGCCGGGAAUGAGUACCUAUCCCUUACGGGAAUUAAACCCGUGUCUUCGACAUGAAAAGACGUGUCCUAGCCACUGGGUGAAAGGGACCUAAAACCCAUUCUCCCAGCUCUGAGAGUGGAGACGUUGAUUUUUCAUGGAGAUUUUCACAGAAAGACUCCUUAGUUUUGGCAAAUGGGUCACAAUUACAGGUACGCGAGAGCAAUAGAUGGAAUGAAAGAAAUACGAACACCUAACAUGAUAUGGCCAUAGAUCUUUGGGUUGUAACUUGAUCAUGAGUGAAAUUUGUUGAUGUAGUGCCCAUGAAGUAUGUGCUCCAAAAUUGGUUUGGUUUCAAGAUAUAGAUUCUAUGUUGAAUCACCAUUUAGCGGGGCUAUUAGCCUAAUGGGGUCUCCCUUGGGCGGGCAUCUGUCAAGUAAAUGUAUAUUUAUAGAAUAAUCCAUUUUAAAAUGCCAGAAUGGAUUCUAAAGAGAUAUCAUUGCUUCGAAAUUUUUUGAAAGGCAUUUUUUGCUCAACUUUUUCCCAGUUUUGCUGAGGGAGCAAAAGAGCUGAGGAAGUAAACAGAGACUUUCUUACUUUUCAGGGAGGAUCAGAUCCAGCAAUUGAGAUCUAUACGGACCGAUAUCACACACUAUAUAAUUUAGUUAUUGCAAUUUUUUUUGAAUAUAUCUAUUUUGAAUCAA